AUGGCCAGUCCCCAGAACGGAUCCAGCAAGAAUCUGCCUAAUACCACUCCCUGCUUGAGUUAUUGGCAGCGCACCACUCGUGCAUUUCCCCAUCUCUUCGCUAACCAACAUAAUCCCGUGCCCUCAAAGGCUAAAUAUGUGGUUAUCGGCUCGGGAAUAUCCGGUGCUCUCACAGCGUUUGAGCUCCUAGAAGCAGGUAUCAAGGCCGAGGAUGUGGUGAUUUUGGAAGCGCGAGAAGCAGCAAGCGGUGCGAGUUCGCGAAAUGCAGGCCACGUCCGACCGGACGCAUUUCGAGGCUUCAAUGCCUAUUCAAAGGUCCACGGUCCCGAACAGGCUCUGAAGAUUAUAGCCAACGAACGUCGAGUCCUUGAGAAAGUUGACGGGUUUGUCAAGAAACACAAUGUAACAUGCGACUUCAAUCUAACAACUACAUUUGAUGUCUGCAUGACCCCCGAGUUUGCCAAGUAUGAAGCAGAGAGCCUCGAGGCAUACAAAGAAGCCGGAGGUGAUAUCUCGCACAUCAAAUUUUAUGAAGGACCAGAAGCCCAGGCAAAGACAAGAAUCCCAGGAGCCAUUGCAGCAUAUGAAUGGCCCGCAGGUUCGAGCCAUCCAGCCAAACUGGCACAUUUCUUGCUCAAAUCUGUGAUCGAGCGUGGUGCAAAACUGUUUACAUUUUGCCCAGUCACAGAGGUGAAACCAAAUGGCUCGUCUUUAUGGGAUGUCCAUACCCCUCGGGGCAUCAUCACGACAGAAAAGAUUAUACACUGUACAAAUGCUCAUGCAGCGCUCCUACUGCCUCAACUCGAAGCCUACCUUCGACCAAAUCGUGCACAAGCCCAUUCCCUCGUGCCGACUCCGGCUUUCGCAGCGGAGAAUGCCCUUCAGAAUACAUUUUCACUACGUUACAGUCUCCAUCAUUUCUAUUCCUUGAUUCAGCGCAAGGGCGAUGGUACACUCAUCCUGGGAGUUUCUCGAUCCAACCCAACCCUGAGCCCCGAGACUCUGGACGGUCGCUUCAGCAUCGACGAUUCUCACUUCAAUGAAGAAAUCGCCCAAGAUGCUCUACGGAGCUUCCACAACCUCUUCCCUGACUACGCUCCCGAUGGAAAGCCAAUGUUGCACGGUGAAGGCUUGGAUCAUGCAUGGACCGGGAUCAUUGCGAUGACCACGGACUCUGUUCCCUUUGUCGGGGCGAUUGAUUCAUUACCGGGUCAAUACAUUUGUGCUGGGUUUAACGGUCAUGGUAUGGCAAGGAUAUUCACAUGUGCUCCUGGAAUUGCCAAGAUCGUGCUUGGACAGGCGUGGAGCGAGACUGGAUUGCCAGAGUGCUUCCAAUUCAGUCAGGAAAGACUCACCCGACUUUCUAAUGGAAACCUACCUUCCAUAUGGUGA